GCGCCUGGGCUGUGGGUCGGCCUGGGCGGGUGUCCGGUGGGGCAGCGCAGGGCACGGAGCCGUGCGAGCGGCCAGGGCGAGCGGCCCCGGCCUGGCGUCAGGCUCGGCGCCUCCGCUCAUCGCGGAGACAGACUCCAUUGUAGGAACUCUUAGGCUGCACCGGGCCAUUGUGAGCGACUUAAGAGGAGCCGGUGGACGCUUUGUUGCUCUCCUUAAUGCACGGCGAGGAAGCAGAAAAUUCUGAGCUGUGUUCCUCUAGGAUAUGAGAUCUUAGUUCAGAAGACAACAGAAUCUCUUGACAACACAUUUGGCUAUUCAGCAUGAAGUUAGGAAAGCCUAAAGGGGCUAUUUCUCGAAGCUCGAACCAAGGCAAAGCCUAUGAGACCAAGCGUAAGACAGCCCACCAGCGCCAGAAAUGGGGGAUGACCAUUCGAUUCGACUCGGGCUUAAGUAGGCGGAGAAGAAACGGGGAUGAGAAGCCCUACAAAUGUACUAGAUGCUCGAAGAGUUUCAGUCAGAGCUCCACCCUCUUUCAGCACAAGAAGAUCCACACAGGGAAGAAAUCCCAUAAGUGUGCCGAUUGUGGGAAAAGUUUCUUUCAGAGUUCUAACCUCAUCCAGCAUCGGCGGGUCCACACUGGGGAAAAGCCCUAUAAGUGUGAUGAGUGUGGAGAGAGGUUUAAGCAGAGCUCCAAUCUCAUCCAGCACCAGAGGAUUCACACCGGAGAGAAACCUUACCGCUGUGAUGAGUGUGGCAGGUGCUUCAGCCAGAGUUCGCACCUCAUUCAGCACCAGCGAACACACACUGGAGAGAAGCCCUACCAGUGCGAGGAAUGUGACAAAUGCUUCAGCCAGAGUUCCCAUCUGAGGCAGCACUUGAAGGUGCACAAAGAAAAGAAGCCACAUAAAAGGGGGAAAAAUGCCAGGGCCAAAACUCACCCAGUGCCCUGGAAAGCUGGUAAAGGAAGAAAGGCGGGGGCGGGGCUCCGCCAGGUGAAGGGUGCCGCUUCAGGCCGUUUUAAAAAGAAAAAGUGAGAGCCAGAGGCAAACGCUGUCUCUCUUAAGAACGAGGCUGCUUUAUAGUAGAGCAUUUAGGUACUGGAUCCUUCCCUAGCAUGGAGACUUGAGGAGUUUCAUGACAUGGGGCUGAAACUCUUGAGUCGAGCUGCCCUCGUUUCUUUAAAAUAAUAAUAACGCUUAUGUGACAUGGAGCACAAAGAGCUGAAAAACAUGUUUGGUGAGAAUUAAUGUCCCUGGCCUCAGUUGAAAUUUCUCCACUAUAGUUUGAUAAAAAGUAUCAUGUUCUCAUGAUUCACAAGUGUGCCAAUGAUUACUCUGUUUUUUAGGGAUUUCUGUAGGAAAUCAUUAAGGAAGAAGGAAUGAGUUUUCAAGUUGUGGGAUGGGCUAUAUUUUUUUUUUUUAAUGUUUUGUAGUCUAUUAACCAUUAGUAUAAGUAUUUGACAUAAAAUGCAUUCAAGUUCAUAGGUGUUUUUUUUUCUUUUUUAUCAGUGUAUGUUGUAUGAGGUAAUGAGUUUUGUUUUUUUCAGUGUGUAUGAUGUAUCUAUAUGAUGUAUCCACCCUUCCUACCCUCUCCUCCACCUCCUGGUUCUCUUCUUCCUCCCAGACAGCUCCCUUUCUGCUUAAGAUGUUUGCCCUAGACCCUGUAAAUGGGAGAAAAUGUAUUCAGUUAUUUUCUUGAGUCUGACUUACUUGGUUUAACAUAAUGAUCUCCAGAUCUUUCCAUUUUUCUCCAAACAUGAUUUUGUUGUUUGGGGACAAAUAAUAGUUUAUUGUAGCAUUCAAAGGCUUUAAUGACAACCCAUUUAUGUUUGUUUUUUUCCAUCCUACUAAGUGGGUA